GUCAAAAAUGACUUGUCACUUUUGACAGACGGAAAAAAUUUAUUUCUCGCCAAAAGCCGGUAUUCAUUCAUGUGUGAUUAUUUAAUUAGUUAAUUACGGAUUAAUUCAUUAUUCUGAAGUUUGCUAAGUAAGCAAAAAUGUCUCUACUACCUCUCGAAUCUAACCCUGAUGUUAUGAACAAGUUUCUUCAUUUAUUGGGCGUUCCUAGCAAGUGGAAUAUUGUUGAUGUUUAUGGGCUGGAUGGGGAUGCCCUGGCUUGGGUACCAAGGCCAGUGUUGGCUUUAAUUCUACUAUUCCCUUGUAGCGAACAGUUUUAUAAACAUGCUGAAGAGGAGUGUGCAAAAUUGAAAACCGAAGGUCAAACCCUUUCUCCGGAUCUGUUUUACAUGAAGCAAUAUGUUUCGAACGCAUGUGGAACGAUCGCACUUAUACACUGUGUUGCAAAUAACGUGGAAAGGGUUGGUCUCCAAGAAGGCCCUUUCAAAAAAAUAAUCCAAGACGCCAAAAAAUUAACCCCGGAAGAACGUGGUGAAAUGCUUCUAAAGUCAAAGAAUAAUGAAGCUCUUAAUUUGAUAACUGCGCAUCAAGAGUUGGCCAUGGAGGGACAAACUGAGGUAAAUCCAAACGAACAAGUUAAUCACCAUUUCGUAGCUCUAGUUGAGAAAGAUGGUCAUUUGUAUGAAUUAGAUGGACGCAAGGAGUUCCCAGUCAAUCAUGGACCCACAACAGAAACCACAUUUUUGGAAGAUGCUGCCAAAGUCUGUCGCGAAUUCAUUGCAAGAGAUGCCGAAGAUGUCAAUUUUACUGUGAUGGCGUUAACUGCUUCAGACAACUAAUUUUAAAAAUCACACAAGCAUUGAUCUAUUAUUUUGUAGUUUAUUUUAAUGAAUGUUAAUUUAUUUGAAGCUAACACGAAUACUAUACCAAAAAUGUAUUGAUGUGAUCAGUAAAUUUUAAUCAUCAGCAUGGCUUUUGAUGUGCCUUGCUUCAAAUUGUAUUCUUCACACAUUGAUCAUGAGAUUUGUAAUGGUGUAAAAUAAUAAAAAACGUUUUUUGAA